CCUCACUACUUUACAUAGGCCCUUGAGAGCAUAACACAUCGUUCAUCAGCAAGAGCAUUUAACUUUUAAUUUAACUAGUUUAGGAGCAUUUCAUAUUCUUUAGCGCUUUGAAACACACAGAGGCUAAUAGUUCAAACAGAGUGUCACAAACAACAGGUAUUCCUUUAGAAAUAAACUCUGAUACUUCAGAUUCUUAAUUCUGCAACAGUUAGACAGAGGGGGGGUUACAGUUAGACCCUCUAAAGUCAGCAGAAGAGGUCAUCCUUAUCAAGAGCUUCUCAACUGUACUUAGUUUUCGAUACAAACAGUCUCCUUUAUCUUAUGUCAGAGGUCCAGCGGAGCCACCUUACUAAUGACCAUCCGAUCCUCCAAACAGUUUUCACCUUUUGUUUACACCUUUAUCUCUGCAUCUCAGAGGUCGCCUGAAACUAAAGUCAGCCCCUGGGGCGGUAACAACACCUCCUAGUGGUCUGGUCCAAUACAUAUAAAACGGCCUCUUUCACCAUUUGGAACAUCAACAGCACAACCUAAGGAACACCUCUAACUAAGGAGUGCAGGAUGACGUCGGUAUCAACCAUCACAAACAGCCGGAACAUCAUCCAAGCCACAGCAGCUCUAGAGCGAGACAUGCAAGCGUGGGACCUCACAGACUCUCCAGACUCCCCACCUCCACCAGCGUUGCUAAUCCACACACCAACACCUCCUCCCCCCUCUCCACAGUUGCUGCAGGAUCCUACAGGAUCAGGUCUGUGUAAGGAAACCGUUAUUGACAUCAAGCUUGCAACCCAUCACCUGGUUAUGUUGGCGCUAAAGGCCUUUCUACAGGAAACAUGCUACGGAUGUCGAACAGCUCAACCCAGUCAGGUGCAACACAGCUGUUUGCUCGAACUGCCCGAGUAUUACUUUGACACCUACUACGACGAUGUGAUGCUGAGGCUCAAGACAUUCCGAUUCAUCCCCGCCAUACGCCUGUUUGUACGCGCAUACACAAACGAUGGGACUAAAACACAAUUCAGCAGGAUUGCAGAACACACCAUGACUGAACUGAGAUCAUCACAACAUAUAGUAUGUGCAAUUAACGACAAUAUUGCUAGGCUGAUAGAAGCAAGUAGUUAUGCCCGUUGUGUUAAACCAGCCAUGAUUCGCAUGAUUGGUAACUACUGGGUUGGGAGACACCUGGUUUAA